UUUGACAGUCCCGGAAGGCAGCAUCACCGCCUUAGCUAACACACAUUACUCGUAGCUCGCUCUCCCGUAGCCACAUCAACGUUACUUGUCAACGGAGACUGGGAACUGAUGAUACGCCUUUUGUCAACCUUUACUGAGUAGCAACCCAUUUCAAGACAAUGAUUCCAGAGUUGAACAACCCCUCCGUGUGUAUGAGGGACCCUCAGAGGGUGCAGGAGAUCCUACAGUCCAUGGUGAAGGCUGGAUCCAACACCGUGCAGGUGAUCUCAGAUUUUGACAUGACCCUGACGAGAUUUGCAUACAAUGGCAAAAGAUGCCCUACGUGUCACAACAUCUUGGACAACAGCAAACUCAUCUCCAAUGACUGCAGAGAACAGCUGAAGAAGCUGCUCAACACAUACUACCCUAUAGAGAUCGACUCUUCACGGUCAAUAGAAGAAAAGCUGCCCCUUAUGGUGGAGUGGUGGACUAAAGCUCAUGAACUACUGGUACAGCAGAAGAUUAAGAAAGACCUGCUGGCCACGGUGGUGCGGGAGUCUGAUGCCUUGCUCAGGGAGGGCUACCAGCUCCUCUUUGACCACCUGCACGAGCACAGCAUCCCUCUGCUUAUCUUCUCUGCCGGAAUAGGAGACAUCCUAGAAGAGGUUAUUCGCCAGGCGGGAGUCUUCCACCCCAACGUCAAAGUCUUCUCCAACUACAUGGACUUUGAUGAGUCUGGAGUGUUGAGGGCUUUCAAGGGAGAGCUGAUCCACAUCUACAAUAAAAGGGAAGGCGCGCUGCUCAACACCACCCAUUUCCAGGAGCUGCGGACGCGGCCUAACGUGCUACUGCUGGGAGACUCUCUGGGAGAUCUGACCAUGGCUGACGGGGUGCAGGACAUGGAAAACAUCCUGAAGAUCGGGUUCCUCAAUGACAAGGUGGAGGAGAGAAAGCAGUCUUACUUGGACUCGUAUGACAUCGUGUUAGUUAAAGACGAGACGUUGGAAGUCCCUAACGCUGUAAUGCUUUACCUUACUGGCAAUAAGUGAGCUGAGAACACAGCUGGCCAUUUAGUAUAAACACUCCAGUGCCACCAGCUGAAGCUCCUGCUCACAAAGUGCCAGUUAUUUACAGCCAUCUCUCAGUUUCAUACAAAACUAUUCACAAGUCCUAGUCGACAGCCUCACCUCACUGAUACCAUAUCACACUUUUAUAUUUGUGUCCAUUGGCCUUCCUGUAUGUUUGCAGUUAAACUGCGUGUAUGUGUGCGUGUGUGUGUGUGUGUGUUAGUCUUCAUAUUGGAAGUACUGAUAAAGGGAAUUUAAAAUGCCCAACUUAACUUGGCAUCUGGUUGAAAUCCGAUUCCCUUACAGUAAAGCUCAUUUCCAGCUAAUGUGACCUGAAAACUGCUGAUUUUGAAAAGCCUUGACGUUUUCUAACAGUGUGAAGUCUUCCAGUUUCUGCCCAUGUUGUCAGAUAUACAGUAUAAGUUGUAUUUUAUAUGAAAACUUUAGUUUUGUUGCGUUUAAGUGUUGAACUACGGCAACAACAAGAACACAUAGCUCUUUUUUUAAAGUGUGGUAGAGGAACUAACUGCUCUCUCAAAAGUGUUGCAGUGCUACAAAGAACAACUAACAAGAGUUUCACAUUUGUUAGUAUUUUACAUCAUUUUAAGUUUCUGCACAGUAACCAACACAUUUUAUAAAACACCUCCACAAUAUCGAGUGUGUUCUUCUUUUCUUAUCAUUUGUUGAAAUGUUCUGUCCAAACUCGACCACCUCAUAUGUUCCAACUUGUCUGAAAUAAAAUGUGGUUCCAUCUGUU